CAUUUUUUAAAAUGUAUUAUGACCUGUGACGCAGAUGGUGCGGUAUGCUCAGACUGCCGCCGCCCCGGCUCCUGAACCCAGGAUCAAGAAGUUCCAGAUUUACCGCUGGGACCCCGACACCCCCGGAGACAAACCCCGAAUGCAGACAUAUGAAAUUGAUCUCAACACCUGCGGUCCAAUGGUUCUGGACGCCCUCAUCAAGAUUAAGAAUGAGAUGGACCCCACGCUCACAUUUAGACGCUCCUGCCGUGAGGGUAUCUGCGGCUCGUGUGCCAUGAACAUAAACGGAGGCAACACACUGGCAUGCCUUAACAAAAUUGACACCAACACAAGCAAACCGAGCAAGAUCUACCCUCUCCCACACAUGUAUGUGGUCAAAGAUCUGGUGCCUGAUAUGAGUAACUUCUAUGCACAGUACAAAUCCAUCGAGCCCUACCUGAAAAAGAAAGAUGAAACUCAAGAGGGGAAGCAGCAGUACUUCCAGUCGGUGGAGGACAGGCAGAAACUGGACGGUCUGUACGAGUGCAUCCUGUGUGCUUGCUGCAGCACCAGCUGUCCCAGCUACUGGUGGAACGGAGACAAAUACCUGGGACCUGCUGUCCUAAUGCAGGCGUACCGGUGGAUGAUUGACUCCCGUGAUGAAUUCACUGAGGAACGCCUGUCUAAACUUCAGGACCCCUUCUCUCUCUACCGCUGCCACACUAUCAUGAACUGCACCAAGACUUGCCCCAAGGGACUCAACCCGGGAAGGGCCAUAGCAGAGAUCAAGAAAAUGAUGGCGACUUACAAAGAGAAGAGAGCAGCAGCUUUGUAAAAAAUCCAGCUGGCUCAAGAUCCGCUAAUAAAACCUUGAACUAAGUUAAGAGGAAGAGAAGAGCCAACCAGGAACAUUUGCCCACAUCAGCACCUUUUUUGAUUUUCAUGAGUGUGUGAGAUGGGAGUGUGUGGAUGUGUGUGAGUGUGAUUGUAUAAGGGAGCAGACGACAGGAAUAUGUGACAAAAGGCUGCUGGAAAGAACUGUUGAGCAAAAUAUUUUGAGUGAUGCAACCAUUUGGACCAUUUCUUGCUGCUUGUGUGCACAGUGGAAAUACUGGGCUCUGUUGUAUUUACUCUUUGGGAAAAACUCAUGAAAUUGUGUUCCGACUGUAAAUAUUUAAAUAUGUGUUCAUUAAAGAUGUGCUGAGCUCAUUGUGGAAGUCAAAAAUAUGUUUCUGGACACAAAAAAAUACAUGGCUGACUAUAAAUAAAUACUUGCUAUAACUAAA